AGUGCAUUGGCUCUCGAGAGCGAAAGGGUGCUGCCGGUGACUGGCACUAGACGACGAACCCGCAUCGCGACGAACGAGCGUUCGAGUCGGACGGAAAAGCUAGCACCCCAACCGACGCCGUGGGUCAGUGUUGCUUUGGCCAGCACUCGGUACGGUACGCCUUUUGCACUGCCAAACCCGUGGCGCGUUCGAGGCGCAAAAAUCAAUAGUGCACGAUCAAUUCGAUCGAUCGAUUCGUCAUUCGAUGAAAAUUGCGAACGACACCGAGUGCCACCGGACGGGGGAAACAAAACAAAACAACGGAAAAGCGCAAAUUGAAGUGAGGGCGUCAGUCGGCCCAACGAACCGAUAAACGUCGUGGUACCAAGGUACCAAGUGCAAUUUACAGGCAGUGCAACAAAUAAAUAGUGCAACAGUGAUCGACGACAAAGCAGCGAUAAGCAAUACGAACACCACUUCGAACCAUUCGAACGGUGCAGCUAACAACACUCGGCCCGUCGUGAGGGGGGGAGAGUGUUGAUUGAUUUGCACUUUUAAUUACCGAUUACUCACCAGCAAAAGGCGUGUGUGAGGCGGAGAAAACGGAAGGAAGCAGCGAGAGGUACUGUACAAGUAGUACACGACUUCAAACAUCCUCCGCAUCGGUGCACCGGAACUGCAUCCGUAAACCAAAUCGACCGAAAAUAUGGGCAACAUUUUCCUGCUUCUGUUUGGAUUGCAGCUGGUUUAUCUGGACGGGGCCAAUGCUUCCUGGGGUUCGCCAGACAGCAACCAGUACCACAUACAGACGGAUGAAGGUCCCGAACGGUACUUCCGCUACCAGACGGAUAAUGGGCAGUUUCGGAAGGAGAAACGACUGCAGGACGGUACGGUGAUCGGUACAGACGCAUGGAUUGAUGCUUCCGGCUAUCUGCGACAGAACGACUACAUCGCCGAUCACAAGGGUUAUCGAAUCUUGAAAUCGAAAACAGUCUUCGUCGGACAGGAUCGCCCUAUACAGGAUGCUAUCAAGCUGGCCAAAAACAAACCAGCCGAUUCUGGUGUGUUGGUUCCAUCGGAUCCUUCCUACGAACAGCCGACGCCACCAUCUCCACCACCUCAGCACCGAAACCAACCCGCGAUCCAAUCGAUAGCGAUUGUCCCAUCGACUCCAGCUCCCAUCUCCGUCCACUCCACACCCUCCCUCAACGCAGUCUUCAUCCGACCUCACUCACAACCGAUCGGAUCCGGCUAUCAUCAUCGUCCCCAUCGGCAACACCCGAACAGAAGUAUCUGCCUUCCUCCGGUUCCAGCACUCCUCCCCACAGACACUAUUCCGUCCAUAUCGGCGAGACCUCCCGCUCUGGACAUCUACGUACCCUCGACCACUUACACUCCUCUCACCGGAAACGAGCUUUCCUCCACACCGAUCGCCGUAUACGCUCCGUCCUCAACUCCAAAUCCACUACGUGACCGUUCCGAAGCUCAUCUACCUCCGCUCGUGAUCUACAACAGCAACCCUUCGGUGGCGGUGGAUCCCAGCGGGUACAUAGCCGCCACAACGUACACUCCACCACAUCGACGACGAAGACCCAAUCCGGCGGAACGGACGCCGUCGGCCUUCAGUGAACCGAUCCUGAUCACAUCUUCCCGUCCCUACGUGGAAAGUUCUACACCAGCGACGCUCAACCUGAAGCCACUAGUACAACUACAGUCCCUGGAUCACUCGGGAAGUAAUUCGCUCGAUUCGGGCUUCAACCGGGAUCUGAUCGAUCCACCCGCGCAGUACGAACACACCCGAAGGUAUUACGAUGAGAAUGGACAGGAGCUGCCAGUGAGACGUGCCGGCGAAAGCCAUCCGUACGAUGGUGUUGCCGUGACGAACGAUGGCUUCCGGUACUAUCUGCCCCGACAGUACCACGAGGAGCGUAACUCGGGCAGUGACACGCGCGAUGGAUCGUUCGGAUACAUCGAUCCGUUUGGGAUUCGGCGCGUCGUCUACUACAACACCGGCCCCGGCAAGGGUUUCGUGCAUCGAAAGAAUAACCGAUUCGUUGGGUUCGAUGCGACACCGUACGAUCCUAGACCGGUCUAGGGUAGCGUUCCCCGUGCUCCUCUUCGCUAAUCGAGUCUUCCGAAUUAUUUAUUUCCCAUUUUAACAUCCUUCCUCUCCGCUCACGAUCGUACUAGCUACUAGAGACGGAGUGUCUUCCGGUGCACUCCACGCAGCCUAACAUUGAUUUCACGGAUCACGCAGCGUGGCCAACGACGAAUGACGAUCCACACUCGCUGUAAUGAGUUGCAAACGAAGUCCCACUUUCCGGAGAAGGCUGAAUAUAAAGUUCCCUUCGACUGGGCACACUGGCCGUCGAUGACCUCGUGUGUGUGUUUUUCCCCGGCGCUCGAAAGAGCUGAUUGGGUUUACAAAUCGCAAAUACCUUCACCGUUUCACACCGUUCGGAAUCAAAAUACAUACGAAACACGAAUCAUACAGCGCUCGAUCGUCUACGGUAGGAAGGAUGCAGUGUUCUGUACCAACGAGACGAUGAUCGAUGGUGACGAUUCGUUAAGGCCGGUGAACGGUUCCCCUUUCAUAAAUGGAUUCGUCGCUGGCGUUACAGAGUGGCGAGUGUAACGAGGGCGCUAUGUUUUCUGGGUGGAAUUGGUCCCGGGUUACGUACCGGGACCGAUGUGUGACAUAUUCAUCUCGCCCGCUAAAAUGGAGCGCACUGAUUGUAUCACGAUCCAAUUUCGCUUGAUUAAUGUCAACACAUUCGCGGUGAAGUUGACGUCCUUCAAGUCUUCAGGAGGUUCCGCCUCAGAACGCCGCGUAGGACUAACGAAAGAUUAAUGCUUCAUUGAUGACUCUAUUACUCUGAGGAUUCAAACUCUUUGCGAGCUUUUAGCAGACAUUAAACGGUGAUCUAAAUUGGAGCGAGGUAAUUGUCGUCGUCGUCGUCUAGUACCACUCUCGUACUCUGCAUCAACCGAUCACACUGACACACCUUACCGAAGCCGUUUGAUUAGCCGCAUUGUUUGUGCAAAUUUGCCAUAAUUUUAAGCAUAGUUGUUAGCGUCUUAAGUCUUAAGCUUCGCCGAUAAGCACCAAUCUACGGUACUUGUACUUUUACUCCUUAAUAUGCUUGUUUUAACUUAUGACCCAGUAAUAUUCGUAGCCUGGUUUUAAACCGUGUGUUGAUCACAUCCCACCCCCGUUCCCCAGAUUCCCCAGAUUCCUUGCCUCCCCCCAGCCCUUGCUCGAUCAGUCGAGGGAGCAUUAAGUAAUGCAAACAAUCAGGUUUAAACUAAUCAAACGCGCAAGGAAAAAGAAACCACAGUAAUACAAAAACUAAUUGCCAUAUCAGUAGAAGCAGCACUGUAAGGGUAAACUACCAGAGUAGUUGUAGCGCCAUGUGGACGAUGGUGUAUGAGUGUUAUCUAUAUACGAAACAAAAAAACCCCAUAAUACGCUUUGCUUUUUACAAACAGAAUCCUCUAAAUCACGUCGAUCAAUCGAACCCUUGCUUGCUCGUAUGCCCGGUUUUUUUCUCCGGCAAUAGAUCUUCAUUUCCCAUUUUCGCUUUCAAAAUGCUUUUUCCGCCAAAACAAACCCCCCACGUGGGGCACCCCCACUCAUACUUUUCCCAUGCGAAGUGUUUGGAUUUGUGUGGUGCAAAAUUACUCGCAAAACAGGGAUGCCACCCGACAGACCGAACAAAAAUAACAUGAUGGCAGCAACCACAUGGGAAAUGAACUUCCGUUACGGAGAAUGCCGCACUGUUCCGUCGUAGGUGUUACGGCGCUAGACAACAUGGGCGGUAACGUACGAGCCGUAAAAACAAAAAGCAAACAGGUAGCAGCAGCCAAUUUAAUGCCUGAGUAGUAGUAGCCACUUCCCGGGCGCUUUAAUGUAGGAGGUGAAUAGAUGAAGUAAGCAAAGCAGCCAGCACAAGCGCUUGAUCGGUAUUGAAGCGAGGAACAUCACCACCCGACACCCCGACAUGGCUUCCGUGUUCCGCUGGCGCGUGCCGGAAAGCAUGCUUUUCCAAUAAAGUCCGGUCUGACCGAAUGAUUCAAGCUGAA